UGUCUUAAAAAACCACAAGCAAAUCUGCAAGUGUUCCGCUGAAACAGAGAGAGACCUAGAGAGCUGAAGAAGCAGAAUCAAUGGGGUCGUCGUCAGCUCAACGAGAGCUUCAGCGCGAAUUGGAAACCAAAGCCAACGAUCUCAGCAAAAUCCAAAAAGACAUUUCAAAGAAUCACCAAGUCAGAAAGAAGUACACCAUUCAGCUCGGCGAGAACGAGCUCGUCCUCAAGGAGUUGGAUCUGUUGAGUGAAGAUGCAAAUGUGUUCAAAUUGAUCGGCCCGGUUCUGGUGAAGCAGGAUUUGGCUGAGGCCAGGGCCAAUGUGCGCAAGAGGAUUGAGUACAUUUCUGCGGAACUGAAGCGGCUUGAUGCUACUCUUCAAGAUAUGGAAGAGAAGCAAAAUAGCAAGAAAGAAGUGAUAUAUAAAGUACAACAGAGAAUUCAAUCUCUCCAGGCUGGAAAAGCAAAGGCAUAACCUUGUUUAGUGCUGUGUCACUUUGUGAGCAUAAUAUUUUCUCCGAGUUCCUGUUGAUGCUUGAACACAGUUUCUCUUUGUUCUAGCUUGUUUGAAGUAAUGCUUUGUCACUCUAGUUGUGGUAGGAUAUUAGUGUCUUUUGGCCCUGUUUGUUUAAAGCAGUAGUUACCCAUUGGAUAACCUUCUUGUCGUAUCAGUUAUGUACUUAUACGUACUGCAGUUGUAAAUGGAUCUGUUGGAAAAAUCAUAUAACCUUUUGGUUAGUAUUGUUUGUAACCUUACGAAAGAGGUUUGAUGAGGCUUUCCUUUUCGA